AUGUACGACGAGAAUUCUUUAUCAAACCGCUGCGGAAGUCCCAUUAGUGACGUAUACCUGAGACACUUGACACGCUUUUGUUCUGUCCACCGCCCGCCGCCUACACACAGACAUAGCGCAAUGUUUGAGGCUGCGGCGAUGAGUAAGCGAAGUUAUUCUGAUCAAUCUAUAAAGGGAUAUGUUACUGAGAGAACAUGUUGGUGGAAUGAAAUAUGUAAGGAAGAGUUCCAAAGGCUGUUCCGAUGCAAGUGCCCCUCGUGGUCGUACUGCCGUAGUCCUGGCAAGUACUACAAUGCGGUCUGCUCUAUGACCGAGACAGGCUACAUAUGGGACCAACCCAACUCUCAAUGGAGAGGCCAA